UCUUCAACUGAAGUGUCAGCUCUAGCGUUUUGCUUUGGUUGAAAAUACAAUUAAAAAUUGAUUGCGAAGUAUUUAAAUAUUCUGCAUCGCCAGCCAUAAAAAUCUGCGAAAACUGAACGGUGGCGGCAUCGAAAAUACCGAAAGAAGCACAAAAAGAAAAAUUUGCAAGGCUGCGUCUGUGUUAGUGAGCGUGUGCGAGCGCGCGUGUGUUGCUCUGUGUGCGUGUGUGUGUUGGCGAGUACGAGUCUUUUUUGCCUUCAGUGCGUGCGCUGUUUCUCGUGUGGAGCCCAAAGGAAGGAAAACACACAAAAAUACAAGAAAUCCGCUAAGGAAAAAAGCGUAACCAAAAAGAACAUCCAAAACAAACAAGUGCCGCUGCAAUGGAGAAGAGAAUAGAACUGGAAAGACGCGCACGCAAAGUAAAUCAGAUCACAGAGCUGAAUCUGGACAACUGCCGUAGUACAAGCAUCGUUGGCCUUACAGAUGAAUACACAGCCUUGGAAUCGCUUAGCUUGAUUAACGUGGGUCUCACCACACUGAAAGGUUUCCCCAAGCUGCCCAAUUUGAAGAAGCUGGAACUGUCCGACAACCGGAUUUCGAGUGGCCUCAACUAUCUGACCACCAGCCCCAAACUGCAAUAUCUCAACUUGUCUGGCAACAAGAUAAAGGAUCUGGAAACCCUGAAGCCCCUGGAGGAGUUUAAAAAUCUGGUUGUGCUGGAUCUGUUUAAUAACGACGCCACUCAGGUGGAUAAUUACCGCGAGAAGAUCUUCAAGAUGUUACCAUCGUUAAAUUUCCUAGAUGGAUUUGAUUGCAACGACGAGGAGGUGCAAUCUGAUGGCGAUGAUGAUGAUGAGGUCAACGGCAACGAUUCCGAUGAAGAAGGAGAUAAGUGCAAUGCAUUCUGUUUAAAUGGUUUAGAGAUCGAUUUAGACGAGCUCGAGGCUUUGGAGAAGCGGGUAAAGGCGAAAAAAAGUUUGCAGGACAAACCACCUCCCCAAUCGGAGGACAAAGAAGUAGACGAAUUAGAUGAAUACUUGAAAGAGUUGCAGCUAAGGGAAUCUACUGAUGCUGCAAGCGAUGAACAAUCUGUGAUAAAUGCCACACCGCAGCCUUCUAGCACUUCUAACUUAAGUUUUGUAAUCCUGCUGUAUUGGUUCCUUGCCAUUUUAAAUUUGGGCAGUGCUACAUAUUUUUCCGGCGAGGAUGACGACGACAGCGAUGAUAGCGACGAAGAGGUGAAUGGCGAAGUGUCCUUGUCGGAGGUGUACAAUGACGAUUUGGAAGAGGAUAACUCUGAUUGGGAAGGCGAAGACGAGGUUGGCGAGGAGGACGAGGAAGAGGAUUCCGAUAUUGAUGAUGCUGAUGGUGAUGCAAACGAAUCGGCUGCAUCAGUGAAUGCCAAGGACAAGGAUGGCGAAAAGGAAGCAGACGAGUCGCAAGUCAGAGGCAAGAAGAGAAAGCAUGAUGGUUAAAUCCCUGAUCUGCCGCUAUAGCGUCUUUGUACGUUAUAAAUUUAAAUAUACACCCACACACAAAACAAAAACACACACACACACACAUCAUAUUUUGAUAGAAAAAGAUGAUAAAUCCUUUAGGAAACCCACAAUUUGUUUCUCUAAAAUGUAAGCUAAUGAAAGAAGAAAACGACAAAAAAACCAACAAAAAAUCCAAAAUAAAGCAAGAGCGGAGAAGCAUGAUGAACGUAAUAAUCAAACAAAGCUAAACAAGAAACAAAAAAAUCUUGUUUAAGCGAGAAAAAUCGAGGAGGAAUGCAAAGGAAACCAAGCAAACAACCAAUUAAACAAGUCGCAUUAGUAUAGCCUCAUCCGAGCCCGAGUUCCAGUUUCAUUUUAAACACCUUCGCCAUCUUCAGGAUUCACAAUAUGAAAUCCAAAUCACUAUGUUAAAGAUUACACAAUUACAACGUGUACAAUUUUUAGCCAUCCAGCAUCUUUAUUUUUAAAUUUCAAUCAAACAAUAGCUUUCCGGCGUUAUUUGAACAACUGCGGAUUUGUCAACAAUUCGCGUGAAAACGAUCACACAAUUUACUGCUAAGAACUUUUAACUAACUCUUAAGUCAUUCCUUCUUUAAAUACGCAUAAGUUAAGCAUCCAACUUCACCCACUUUAUGCUCAAGGCGAUUUACCCACACUUACAUUGUUACCCAUCACCCACCUCCCAGAUACACAAACUUUAUCCGCGUCUCUCUGUAAACGUAGAGCCCUCACUUUUGAGCAACCCGAAUUGUUUUCCUUUAUAUACUUUUAAGUGUACUUUUGCCACAUACCGAAAUGUUUCCACUUAUUCAACGGCAGUAGUGUUUUCAUUAAAUGUGGAGAGUAAAUCUUAUACACAAAACAA